AGGAAGUCUGUGUGGCAGUGUCCGCUGACCUCACACUGGUGGCUCCGAGUCGGAACCCAAACAUUCUGGAGAGAGCAGAGUUUCUUAGUUUCUCAGAGAAAUACAGGGCAGAUACUGCACUGUCGCUAAAUAUUUCCUUUCCUCCAUGUGAUAACAGACUAAUAGUUUUGGAGUGAUGAGCAAGUUUCAGAGUUCUUUCACCUUUCUAGUUUUGUUUUUAAUGCACCGCCCACACUUAUGCUUGCCUUAUGAAGCGCCAAAACCUUCUACGCCCGAGCAGUUACCGGAGCAUGAUGUUGCAGGCAGUGGGAAGGGUGAUACACAUAACCCUAUAAAGAGGAACCAGAGUCCAGCAGCCCAUGCAGCACGCCUGGACGCUGACACCUGGAAUGCAGCACUGACUCCACGUAGAUCUGCUCUCGUUCAAGUCAUUGUGAUUGCGUGCUUAGCCUUCAGCGUUGCUCUCAUGUGUGGGAUCAGUGCUUCCUUUGUGAUCUAUCGGCUGGUCCAGGCUGAGGAGCGACAGCAGCUUGCCUGGCUUUAUGACAACGUCAGGAUACCGUUACUGGGAGACGAGGACGAGGGCCCUGAGGAUGAGAGCCAGGAUGAGGCCACCUACCUGCGUCCAGAGCACGAGAAGGAGCUGGAAAAGUUCAUUCACUCAGUUAUUAGAUCCAAAAGAAGGAAGCAUAUGGAAAACAGAUUGAAGAAAGAACACUCGUUAUCAAGGGAAACAAGUCUAGAUGAUUCUAUGCACAGCGUGAACCUGGAGCCUCUGUGAGAGCAAACGCAAGAGGCGCGGAUGCACUAGGCAGCAUAGAGCCAACGGCUGCAGGAGCCGUGACUGCGGACCGAGCCAACCUGCUCCUGGAGUGUUCUGUUCAGAGCUCUCUAGGGAGGACAACUGGCAGUACUUAACGGAAAAUAAACCCAUAUGCACAGUU